AUUGAUGGGCUAUGGAUUUCCUCAGAUUUUUUCUUCCUCCAAAUCGGCAAACUAAGCUCUUUCUUCCAUGAAAACGACCUCUCUUCUGUUGCUUUCCAUGUCCCGCAGGAAUCCUCUGGUUGAAUGUAUCGUGCAAAUGCUCUUCUCUUCCUCGCCUCUAAUUCACUUCGCGGCUCAAAUUUGCAGAGCCUCACUUCCCGUCCGCCAUUGUCUUGUGUAGAAGUUUUUUCACCGGAAUGCAUCGGUUUCUCCAUGUCUUCUUGACUGUUUUUCUCUUUCGCUCUCGAGUGCUUCUGCGAUGAAUGCGCUAAUGUCGAUUCACUUGUUUCGCCAGAAUCAUACAGCGGCAACAGUUGCUUUCCAGCAGUUUGUUCAGACUAUCAAUGGCGCUAAUCAUCAUCCCGGUGGUGCGCAGAGGAGGAUUCGUUUUGUUAAAAGCAAGAAGACUGUGAAGAAACCUUAUACUCUCGAGGGUUCUUCUUCUUCUUCUUCUACUGCUAAUCUCUUUUCUGGUGCUCGAGUUAGCGUCAGUACCAGUGGUUCAGUUGGCUCUGAGACGAAGGCGCAACCGAAGCGGCUUCCUCUGGAGAAACAGGAAGGGAAGAAGAAGGAGAAGAAUGAUAGGGAGGCUAGCGUGCUAGGUAUCUAUCAGAACGGGGAUCCUCUUGGGAGGAGGGAGCUGGGGAAGAGUGUGGUCCAGUGGAUUGGGCAGGCCAUGCGAGUUAUGGCUUCGGAUUUCACUUCUGCGGAGGUUCAGGGUGAUGAUUUCUCUGAGCUCCGGCAGCUGAUGGGACCGGGGCUUACUUUUGUGAUUCAAGCCCAACCGUAUCUGAAUGCGGUGCCUAUGCCUCUUGGACUUGAAGCCGUUUGUUUGAAAGCUUCUACUCACUAUCCGACUCUCUUUGAUCAUUUCCAGAGGGAGCUCAGGGAUGUCCUUCAAGAUCUCCAACGCAAAUCGCUGUAUCUUGAUUGGCGCGAAACUCAAUCAUGGAAGCUCCUCAAGGAGCUCGCUAAUUCAGUUCAGCAUAAAGCUAUAGCACGUAAGAUAAGCCAGCCAAAGGCUGUGCAAGGUGUUUUAGGGAUGGACCUGGAAAAGGCCAAGGGUAUACAGAACAGGAUCGACGAGUUUGCAAAUCGCAUGUCUGAAUUACUUCGCAUUGAGAGAGAUUCCGAAUUGGAGUUUACACAAGAGGAGUUGAAUGCUGUUCCUACACCAGAUGAGGGUUCAGAUAAUUCCAAACCUAUUGAGUUCUUAGUCAGCCAUGGCCAAGCACAGCAAGAACUCUGUGACACCAUAUGCAAUUUGAAUCCAGUUAGCACGUCUACAGGAUUAGGAGGGAUGCAUUUGGUAUUAUUCAGGGUUGAAGGAAACCAUAGAUUACCGCCUACAACCCUUUCACCGGGAGAUAUGGUUUGUGUGAGAGUUUGCGAUAGCAGGGGUGCUGGUGCAACUUCUUGCAUGCAAGGAUUUGUGAACAAUCUGGGGGACGAUGAAUGCAGCAUCACUGUAGCUCUAGAAUCUCGUCACGGUGACCCGACCUUUUCCAAGCUCUUUGGAAAGUCCGUGCGUAUUGAUCGAAUUCCAGGAUUAGCUGAUACUCUCACUUAUGAGCGCAAUUGUGAAGCUUUGAUGUUGCUUCAGAGAAAUGGUUUGCAAAAGAACAAUCCUUCCAUUGCUGUAGUGGCUACAUUAUUUGGUGAUAAAGAAGACAUCAAGUGGAUGGAAGAUAAUAACUUGAUAGAUUUAGCUGAUACCAACCUGAAUGGCAUAGUGCUAAACGGAGAUUUUGAUGAUUCACAAAAAAGUGCAAUUUCACGUGGUUUGAAUAAAAAGCGGCCCAUAUUGAUAAUCCAAGGGCCACCUGGUACUGGAAAAACAGGUCUGCUAAAGGAGCUGAUUGCACUUGCUGUUCAGCAAGGUGAAAGGGUGCUUGUAACUGCACCUACUAAUGCAGCUAUAGACAAUAUGGUUGAAAAACUCUCGAACGUUGGGAUAAACGUUGUUAGGGUAGGAAAUCCAGCACGGUUAUCUCCAAGUGUUGCGUCCAAGUCUUUGGCUGAAAUUGUAAACUCUAAACUUGCAAAUUUUAGAACAGAUAUUGAAAGGAAGAAGGCAGAUCUAAGGAAAGACUUGAGACAUUGUUUAAAGGACGAUUCAUUGGCUGCUGGCAUACGCCAGCUUCUGAAGCAGCUUGGAAAGUCAUUAAAAAAGAAAGAGAAGGAAACUGUGAAGGAAGUACUCUCAAAUGCCCAAGUUGUUCUUGCUACCAACACUGGAGCGGCUGAUCCUUUAAUUCGGAAGUUGGAGAAGUUUGAUCUAGUUGUUAUAGAUGAGGCAGGUCAGGCAAUUGAACCAGCUUGCUGGAUUCCAAUAUUGCAGGGACGCCGCUGUAUUCUUGCAGGUGACCGAUGCCAACUUGCUCCUGUGAUUUUGUCUAGAAAAGCCUUGGAAGGUGGUCUUGGAGUAUCAUUGCUGGAGUGGGCUUCAACCUUGCAUCAGGGGACUCUAACCACAAUGUUAACAAUACAAUACCGGAUGAACAAUGCUAUAGCUAGUUGGGCAUCAAAGGAAAUGUAUGAUGGAAUGUUGAAGUCCUCACCAACAGUCUCUUCUCAUCUUCUAGUUAACUCUCUAUUUGUCAAGCCAACAUGGAUAACCCAGUGCCCCUUGCUGUUGCUUGACACUAGAAUGCCAUAUGGCAGUUUGUCAGUUGGUUGUGAAGAGCACUUAGAUCCAGCUGGUACGGGCUCAUUAUACAAUGAAGGCGAGGCAGAUAUUGUCGUGCAACAUGUCUACUCAUUGAUUUAUUCUGGUGUCAGCCCACGAGCAAUUGCAGUCCAGUCUCCUUAUGUUGCUCAAGUACAGCUAUUGAGGAACAGGCUUGAUGAAGUUCCUGAAGCUGCUGGUAUUGAAGUAGCAGCUAUUGAUAGCUUCCAAGGCCGAGAGGCGGAUGCAGUGAUCAUAUCAAUGGUAAGGUCAAACAAUCUUGGAGCUGUUGGGUUUUUGGGAGACAGUCGGCGGAUGAAUGUGGCCAUAACGAGGGCAAGAAAACACGUAGCACUUGUCUGUGAUAGCUCGACAAUAUGUCAAAAUACGUUCUUGGCGAGGCUAUUACGUCAUAUACGUUAUUUUGGAAGAGUGAAGCAUGCAGAACCAGGUAAUUUUGGAGGAUCUGAUAUUGGAAUGAAUCCAAUGUUGCCAUCCAUUAAUUAGGACAUUGGUGGCCAUUGAACUUUGCUUUCAAGCUAAGGAAAGAUCAAUUAUGUUCAUACUUGGUUGCCCUCUUCAUCCUCCUCACUUCAUGUACAGAGCAUUCCUUUGGCCUUAGAAAAGAAAAUCAGCCAAAACUAUUGUGUGUGCAUUGAUAACUUGUAUAUAAUUUUUGAGUUCAUAAUGACACAUUUCUAUAGAAACAUUGAAGUUAGGGGAAUGUAACCCCAUGAUGAUACAAGUGGUUGUUUGUUUGUUGGAAUUUUGUAUGGGAUUGGAUUACUUUCGAGGCUAAAGUAAUUCAAUCCCAUAUGCAAUAUGGUUGUAUCUGUUGGAAGA